UACACAUAUACUGUUUGCUAUAUGGAAUGCAAAAUCUUUCAAGCUCAAUAUCUCAAAAUCAUUCAAAACGCAGAGAGAACCUUAUCAUUCCAAGGUGACACUUGUGGUUUUAACCCGCUACCUAUUGGACAUUUAAGAUACUGCACUAUAUAUUUUCAGUUUAGUUUUACUUUCGGUUUCUCUCAGUGUGCAUAGUCGAGAUUGAAGUGAUCCUUUUUAACUUAAGCUAUAUUUUUGAAAUAUAUUCAUGGGUAAUUCGAUCACUAUUAGUUUUAUACCACCUGUAUUCCAACAGAGGUAUAAUUAUGCUGGUGGUCUAAUAUUCGAUUCAAAUUCUCUCGUGUCAUUUGAUAGAUUUCCCUCAUAUGCAUAUUAAGACUUGUAGUCUAUAAAAACUAAAUCCAUUAGUAAAAUUUGUAUGUCAAUCUGGUUGAAUCCACUUUUUCCCCCCUACAAAAACUAAAAAAUAGUGAGAAAUUAGUAAAAAUGAAUAAGCUGCUUAUUGUUGCAGGUUGUACACAUGAAUAAUAAUAUUAACAAAUAUUGCACAUGAUGGUUGACAGAAAUGAGAUGCCCAUGCUUAAUGUAUUGAAUGAAAUGAAAGUCUUUUAAAGAUUUUGUUUCACUUUGACAUUCUCCAGUAGACCUACAGCCAUUUAAUCUUUUUUUCCUAGGGGCGGAGUCUAAAAUUCGCGGGCUUUUGUUCAUUUUGUUUUUUUCUCUCUCUCUCUCUCGCUCACCCUCUGCGUGUCUCAGUCCACUUUCACUCCGUCGAAUCGGCAAUCGCUUAAAUCGACAUAUUAUCUUCGAGAGUCUCCUGCACUGAGCCAGUUAAGCUUUUUUUCGACUGACCGAGAUGGAUAAAACUAGUAAUCCUAACAACAGUAAUCAAAUAAAUCGAGCUUCCCCAAAUGAGCAAGAGAAAAUCAAAACAGAUGAACCGAAGAGGAAAAAUACAUCACAGGAAGAUAAGGAAAACCUACAUAAAGGUGUCCAAAAUAAUAAUUCACCUAAAAGACAGCGGGAGCCUCUUCAAUCCACCUGCAAUAUUUCUGACCAUUAUCCUAAAAGGAAGCGUGCAGUGACAGAGCAGAAAGAGUGCUAUUCCAUGUCAAAUCGACCUCUUGGAUAUUGUUUGAUCAUCAACAAUUAUAAAUUUGAAAGUGCAUCACUUGCAGACCGGAGAGGGACUGAUAGAGAUAAAGACGAUCUCACCAAAGUCUUUGAGAAAAUGUAUUUCAAAGUUGAAGUGCGGGACGAUUUACAAGCCUCAGACAUGCGAAAUGUGAUAAAAGAAUUUGCAGAGAAGGAUCACUCUCAGAUGAAUGCUUUUGUCUGCUGCAUCCUCACCCAUGGAGAGAAAGGCACUGUUCUGGGAACAGACGGAAAACAAGUUCCGAUUCGUGAACUCUCACAGCCGUUUGCUGAAUGCCGUUCUCUAGCCAGUAAACCCAAACUGUUCUUCAUUCAGGCCUGUCAGGGCAAUAUGAGACAGCAAGGUUUGUGGAUGGCACAUGAGCGGGAGAACACCACAGAAGAGGAAGCAUAUGAGGAGGAUGCUCAUGCUGCAGGGAAUUACAGUAUCCCUAUGGAUGCAGAUUUCCUCUUUGCUAUUGCAACGGUGGAGCAUUUUAGAUCCUACCGCCACAUUACAAAUGGGUCCAUCUUUAUUCAGGUGCUCUGCAAGCAGCUGGAAAGGGGCUGUGCACAGAAAAAGGACAUACUCUCAAUUUUAACCGCGGUAAAUGGAGUAGUGGGCUCCAAAAUUCUACAGGGUUACAAGCAGAUGCCUGAGGUUCGCUACACUCUGACCAAAGCACUGGUCCUGCCCAUGAAUGGAGUCUCCUAAUCGGCUGCAGGAUGACAAUAUGCCAUCACUUCUAAAAGACAAGCACAGAGAUUAAUUUGUUACAUCUGCAUGUCUAAAUUAUGUAGAUAUGUUAAACUAUUUUUUAAAAUUAAUGCAUGGUACUAGGAACCAAAGCCAAUGGUUUUAUUCUCAGGGAAUGGGGUAAAUGCAAGCAGACUUUUAAUUUUAGUCAGCCAGCCUGAGGGCUUCAGGUUAAUUGUCAUCCCACACAAAAUCGCCAAGUUUAAGAUCUGAUUUCUUAAAAAAACAGUGAUCUUCAUUACCUGGCUGAGAUAUGAUAUAAAGUGUGUAUCAGACCAAACAAGAAGCACUGCAUCAAAUUAUAUUUUUCCACAGUAUGUCUUUAAAAUAUGGAAACAUAUUUUACCCCAGUAUUUUAAAUAGAGUUUCUGCGCCAUCCUGCGGCUAAUGAAGGCGCCUGCGUUUAAACCGUCUUUCAUCUCUUUUUACACUUUAACAACCAAAUGGAUGCUUAAGUCUAUUUAACAGAUUAUAUUUGAAUUACAUUGAAUAACCUAUUGGAAAAAGAGGGUUUUUGGAUGUACAUUAUUUGGGUAUGGGUUAAGUAAGAAAUGAAUACUGCAGUGCAAAGAUUUAUUAAUUUGUAAUAUUUUACAAUAUUAGCAUUUUCACAUUUUGCCAUGGGAUUGAAUUUUAUAUCUAAAUAUUGUUUUUAGUUGUUUAAUUUAAAAGAACAAAUUCAGAGAGUUUUUAAUUAUCAGCUGCAUUUCAUAGUGCCGAUUGUUCUACUGUUUAAAACAGAAACGGUGUAGUUCCUUGUCCCUAUGGGUCAUAUUGAUUUUUUUUUUUAUAACCACAAGUUAAUGAUUGACCUCAUUUAGGAGACCAUAAAUAGCUGAUAAAUCACCAGUGGCCUAGGACAGCUCUUAGAUAACAGUUUAAAUUAUUUAGCAAGAUUAAUUGCCGAAGAUUAAAUGCAUUUUGUAAAUGUUUUUAUUUUGGACUAGCAUUAAGAAUCGCUAAUCCUAAGCAAUCAUUGUCUAUAAGGAUAUUGUAAAUAGAUACAUUAGACAAAUUAAAUUGUGUAGAAUAGAUAUUAUCCUCCCAAUUUUUGGCCUUUUUAGGUGAAAACAUGAUUUGUGAAGAUUUUAUUUCACACCCCAUCAACAAUAUGCAUCAAUGGACAUCUCUCUUUUUUUAAAUUGAACAUUGUUAAGUGCAUUUUAUUGUACUUAAAAUAAUGCAACUGGUUUUGUAUUCAAUUGUUUUAAAUAUAUUUAUACAUGCUAAAUGUUUUAAAUUUGCAAAAAUGCUGUAUUGUAAACAGUUCUACUAUUAAAAAGUAAAAAAUUUUAAUUAC